ACUAACUAGCCAACAACCACAGUAUUUACUGCGGAAGGCAGGUCGUGGUGUUUCAUCUGUUUAAUCCUCAGGAGAGGAAAACAAACAGGGCUCUUUUGUCUUGCGUGAUCCUUCCUGGACUGUGCAGUAGGCUCUUGCUUCCGCUCCGGCCCCUACUCGCCACACUCCAGUCUCAGCACUGCAGCCAGAAAGGUCUAACACCAGUCAGAGCGAAGCUUUUAGGCCAGCCUUCCUGAACUGGAGGGGGUGUGGCAUGCAUUAAAAUUAAACAUCAGUGACCUGAGAAGCUUAUAAAAUAGCUUGGGAGAAGCCAGUCACCAACAGAAGGCAUCUCAAAUUGGAUGAUUUUGCAUGUGGAAACUGCUUUCAUCUUGAAGAAAAAGACUUGGUCUCAUUUUUCCAUAAACAACCUUACAAAGAAGAUAUUGUUAGUGCCAUUUUUCAGAUGAGGAAAGUGAAGUUCAGAUAUCCUAAGCAACAGGCCUAAGGUCCACCUCCAGCCACCCAGCUCCAAGAUGGUACCAGCGCUGCUGCUGCUGCUUCCUGCCCUGGCCGGACUCUUCGGAGCAGCUGAGGGACAAGCUUUCCAUCUCGGGAAAUGCCCAAAUCCUCCAGUGCAGGAGAACUUUGACGUGAAUAAGUAUCUUGGAAGAUGGUAUGAAAUUGAGAAGAUCCCAGUCAGCUUUGAGAAGGGAAGUUGCAUCCAAGCCAACUACUCGCUAAUGGAAAACGGAAACAUCAAAGUGAUAAACAAGGAGCUGAGAGCUGAUGGAACUGUGAAUCAAAUUGAAGGUGAAGCCACCCAGGAGAACAUCACGGAGCCCGCCAAGUUGGGAGUUAAGUUUUUCUGGUUCAUGCCAUCAGCUCCGUACUGGGUCCUGGCCACCGACUAUGAGAACUACGCCCUCGUGUACUCCUGUACCACAAUCAUCUGGCUUUUUCACAUGGAUCAUGUUUGGCUCUUGGGAAGAAACCCUUAUCUCCCUCCAGAAACAGUGACCUAUCUCAAAGAUAUCCUGACCUCUAAUAACAUUGACAUUGAGAAAAUAACUGUCACAGAUCAGGUGAACUGCCCCGAGUUCCUAUAACCAGGCUCUAAAGGGAGGCUGCAUUCGCUCCAUGUUCCUUCUUUUGCUUUGCUUUUCCCCUACACCACCCCUCAUAAAGACAACCCAAACCACCACAGCAAACUAUUACAAAUACCAGAAGGGAAAUGUGACAGCAGAAGCUAGUGGAGAGGAACUCAAGGCAAGUUGGCCCAAACACUUAGCCAUGCACCAUCCUGUUACCUUGCAAGCCUGAUAAUAAACUUGCUGCUGACCUGCUGUGCUCACAGUAGACCACAAAUUGGACUAAUUAUUGGGAGUUUUAAAUUCUAAGCUUAUGUUUGGAAAUCCUUAAGCAGUUAUGUUGAAAAAAAAAAAAGAAGCACUGAACAGUUUAAAGGUAAAAAUCUUGUUUCUAGAAAGGGAAAGCUGAUGGCAAAGGCACAUACCAGGUGACCUGAAUCCAGGUGGCCCCAUCCUGCAGUAGGCAGUCCAUAGCGGGGAAUCAUUUGGAGUUUUUGAGUCUCUGACAGGCAGUUUCCUGGAGGCAUUUACUUUCUUAUCAGGAGGUCUUCAGAGUCAGGUGAAGAAUGGGACCAUCUUGGGUCUGUGCCAGGAAGAAGAGAAUCUAUGAGGGUGAAGCUAUGGGAAUUUUUUUAAGAAAAUAAUUUUUGGGUCUUUUAUUCAACUGAUAUUUACUGGGACCCGACUGCAUUCCAGGCAUUGAAAAAUACAGAAUCCCUCUCCUCCCACAGCAGCUCACAGACUAGGGAGGGAGACUGACAAGUAAAGAUACAAUUUUAAUCCAAGCUGAGGGGUCCAUAGGCAGAGGCAUGUGGAGGGAGACAUGGGAGCUCCGAGAAGGUCUCAACCCCUGCCAGGCAUAGGUACCCACAAGGUUGUACAGUCACAUCUCAGAGUGUCCCGGCUUCAAGGAGUCAGGAACCACCUGGAGUUUGUUGUUGUUGUUGUUCUUUACAUUUUACUAUUAAAAUCAGAACAAUCUCAAAAUCAUCACCCUGCGAUUACUCUUAGGUCACAUAAUAUUUGUAAUCCACUAAUGUUUUGGGAAAUGAAUAGAAAAUUAAGCCAUUUGAUUAGCUUUUUGCAUUUUCAGCAUGAAUAUAAAAUAUUUCCUUGAGCACUUGCGACGCUUCACUGCUUUAUAUUAAAGGUUAUAAAAAUUCCAA